AUGCGUGUGUUCGUCGGUGGCCGUGACACGUGGCGAUGGUCUAGGUUGUUAUUGUUGGCGGCGCCUGCGACAGUGGCAACGACGCCGACGACGACGACGACGCCGCCGACGACGACGCCGCCGACGACGACGACGACGACGACGACGACGCCGAGUCCGUUGCGUUGGAUAAGUGCCUAUUGGGAUCGUCUGGGGCGUGAGGAUUUCGAGUUGGUUCGGCCGUUGGUGGAGCGGCAUCGUUUGGAAACAUUGAUCCCUUCGGCGCCGCGUCAUCCGGCGCGUGUUCAUACGGGGCACGUUCGGCGGAAGCUGUUGAUGUUCGCUGCCGCAGGAUGGCACGUGGUGAGUGACGAUCGGUGUAGUCAGCCGCUGUACGUGCCGGCGAUUGCGCGGAAGACGGAGUUGGCGGCGCAAAUCGAGAAGAUGCAUACGUGUCUGACGUCGCACUCGUGUGUGCUGCGAGACGAUUUCGAGGCGUACCGGCGAUUGCACGGCUCGCUAUCGGAGGCGCAGUGGAAGAAGCUUAAGACGACGGAGCUGAGUUGCUUCGAGCGUUGCCCGCUCGCUUAUGUAGAGCUGGCUGCGGUCAUCUCGCUCUUCUACAAGUUUCCCUACGGACUACUAAGCCCCAUCUCAAGACGGCACGUAUCCCAACGACUGAAACUAGGACCCAAGUCUGUCCGCUUUGAACGCUGGGUUACGGGUUGUCUUCUGCAGCGGUCCGGUGCAUCCAUCGAAGACCUCGCCACCUUCUGUGCGAGCAAACUCCAUUACAACCCACGUUGGACAGAGUAUGGAUCCCAUUUGCUCGAGUGCGUCAAGAAGACCAGAACAACUUUCGAUGAUUACUGGCGAAAAGGAGACUCCUGCUGGCCACCGGAUGACCCGCGCCGGAUCGAACUCCUUCUGCUUUUAAACAAAAGAAUUGCCGCACUACCCACCAUCACCGCCGCAGAUUUCGGCACCCUCACGCAACAGAUGCUAGACGACCAAUUCGCAACACAACACUGCACUCAAGACACGUCCAUGCAGGAGAUAGACAUGCCUAUGGAAUGCCAAACGGCCAGCCAGCCCGGUCUCGCGAACGCGGAGCCGAGAGGUAAGUCUUCUCGGUUUGGUAAGUUUCCGACGAACAAGUCUCCAGUCAUCCAUGUCGAACCGAGCAGUGAGGUGGACCCAGCGGUGAGUGAAGUGGAGACGGAGUGGUUGGCUGCGUACUGGGAGCCGUUGAGUCAGGCGCGGUUCGAUGCGUUGAAAAGUGUGGCACAUCUGGGCCCGGAGCGGCUGCGUAUACGGUGGUCGUUGUGUGGACCGUUAGUGCGUCCGAUACUGGAUCGGCGGUGGACCUUGACAUCUACAAGGUGUAGUCGCGCUCUGUACAUUCCGAGCCUCGCGCAUCAGCGGGCAUCAGUGCAUAAGUUGUUUGGUAGUGAAUUCGCCGCAUAUUUGGUGUUGUACGGUUCGAUACCGUCUUUAUGUUGGGCACAAUUCCGUUCAAUUGAACCGCAUCAUUUCGUGAAAUGUUCUAUAUCUUAUGUCGCAUUGGCUGAGGUCGUGUGCACCUUCUUCCAAGCCCCAUAUGGCCUGAUCGACAACUACUUACAUCUCCCACUAUCCAAGUCCUUCCCUUCGAAAAACUUUCCACUCAAAACCAUCCGCGGACAACCUCUCGUUUGGGAAACAGCUUGCCUUCUUCAGUACUCCCAAACACCUCCACAACAAUUGCUAUACUUUUGUACUACACUCCUUAAUCACGCUGCCGCCAACGCCGCCUGUAAUGGCAACGACGACGAAGCCAAAAAGUGGCUUCGCCGACUCACCAAACUACGACAGAAAGUGCAACUCACGCUUACUCUCUCAGCGAACAAAUUCUGCCCCAUCACGCAAGACCACUGCUGGGCCUCCGACCGCACGCUGGAGCGCUACCAGGCGAAGAACCAGAACAUCGACCACAACGACCAAAACAUUCAAGAGACCUAUCCCAGUCAAGAGACCUAUCCCAGUCAAGAGACCUAUCCCAGUCAAGAGACUUAUCUCAGUGAAGAGACCCAUCCCAGUCAAGAGACCUAUCCCAGUCAAGAGACCUAUCCCAGUCAAGAGACCUGCUUGCAGUCCGAUGCGCAGAAAGCGACUAUGGAGUGGGAGGACCAGAUUCGGUCUCUGUGGGAAACGAAUGCGGGGGUAAUAUCGCAGUGUCUGGACAUUCUAUGUGAACAAGGUAGUGCAAUGAAUGUGGGAUGGGGGGGUCCGUCUUGA